AUGGCCAAAAAGAGAAAGGCCCCGCGCAAGGCCGAGCCCAGCGGCCCCCGCGACAUCGACGCCAAGGACGCGCGCCUCACCAUCAAAACCUACGAAGACGUCGCCGAUUCCGGGGACGAGUACUGGGCCAACCAGGAUCGCAUCGACUUUGACGACGAUGAACAACCACGUUCUAAACGCCUCAAGAGGCAGGAGAAGGAGGACGCUUUCUUAGAGGUCUCGGAAGAGGAGAUCUUGGCGGAGGAAGAGUCAGACGAGAGCGAAGAGGAAGAAGAGCAGGCACCGGCCAAGGGGAAGGGGGGGAAGAAGCCGAGCGCAAGGGACGAGGAUUUGUCGGACGAAGAGGAAAAAGCGGGCGAGGAAGAAGGUGAUGAGGGGUGGUGGGGGUCGUCAAGAAAGGAGUACUACGAUGCGGACAAUAUCGAGACGGAGGCCGAUGCCUUGGAAGAAGAGGCAGAGGCAAAGCGCCUCCAGGCGAAGAAGCUGGCGAAGAUGCAGGAGGCUGAUUUCGCCUUUGACGAGAGCGAAUGGUUAGCGUCGAAAGAACAGGAUGGAGACGAGAAGGACGUUGUGACCGAAGUGUUGAAGGAAGUCGAGGUGACAGAGGACAUGGGCCAUGAGGAGAGGUAUAAGCUCUUGCAAGCCCGGUACCCAGAAUUCGAUUACCUGGUGGACGAGUUCAGGGAACUGCAACCUCUUCUCCCGACGCUACAAAAAGAGGCUGAGGGGAAACCUGUCAAGUCGCUGGAGGUGGUCAAGUCCUGGCUCCUAGGGUGCUACGUCGCUGCGUUGGCAAGCUACUUUGCUAUCCUCACGUCACCCUCGCGUGAUGGAAACGGGUCACCGGCGACGCUAAAUCCAUCAGAACUGAGGGACCAUGAGGUUAUGGAGACUCUGAUGGAGUGCCGCGAGGCCUGGCUGAAGGCGAAGCAGUUCAGCUCAACGAAAUCGGCUGCUCCUGCCACUGGCAUGCUCUCGCCGCCCGAGGACGACGACCUCGAGAUGCUUGACGUCGCAGCAGUGCCGAAGCGUAGAGGCGAGAAGCUUUCCAAGGCCGAGAUUAAAGCGAACAAGAAGAAGGAGGCCGAUGCCGCCCGGAAGACCCAGGCUAUCGAGCAGUCCCUGGCAGACCUGUCGACGCUGCUUAAGAGCACCAAGAAGGCCAGCAAGGCUGCUUCUGCGCCUGUUGCCUCGGCCGAGGCGGCCGACGAUGACAACCGCUCCGAUUUUGGUGAGGAAGAGGCCCUCGACGCUCGCACAGCCGCCGAUAAGGCCCGCCGGAAGAAGACGCUCAAGUUCUACACUUCGCAAAUCGUGCAGAAGGCCAACAAGCGGGCUGGUGCCGGUCGUGAUGCAGGCGGUGAUAUGGAUAUUCCGUACCGCGAACGAUUCAGAGACCGCCAAGCCCGCCUCGACCGCGAGGCAGAGAACCGCGGCAAGAAGAGCAGCAAACAGGGCGCCGAGCUGGGCGGCGACGACAGCGACGGCGAGGACGCGGUGGCCAGGCAGGUGCGCGGCGACGAGGACGAGUACUACGACAUGGUGGCGCACGGGGCAAAGAAAAAGCGGGAGGACAAGGCGGCGCGGUACGACGCGCUGGCCAAGGCGCGCAAGGGCGAGCGCGUUGUGGAGGAUUCGACGGUCGGGGCGGACGGCAAACGGCAGAUCACGUACCAGAUCCAGAAGAACAAGGGGUUGACGCCGCACCGCAAGAAGGAGGUGCGCAACCCGCGCGUCAAGAAGAGGAUGAAGUACGAGGAGAAGCAGAAGAAGCUGCGGAGUAUCAAGGCCGUGUACAAGGGCGGCGAGGGUCCGGGCGGGUACCAGGGCGAGUUGUCGGGUAUCAAGACAGGGCUGGUCAAGAGUACCAAGUUGUGA